AUGAACACCCAUUGUACAACUUCCAUAGCUUACCACCACUCACCCAUCUUAAAGAACACAACACCAUCGCUUUUCAACAAAUCGGGCAUUCUCACGCUUUAUGCUUCCAAUCCCAUCCCAAGGAGGCAGACCAACGUUCUCACUCUUCUCACUCGCUGCUCCCAAAAGCCAGAAAUCAACACCAACAGUGAAACUAGGCAGAAUUCCGUUGCCGCUGAUGAUGAACCCGGUUCAACCCCAAAUCCUGAACACCCACCAACGACGAAGUUAGGUGACGACGAUUCACUUUCCUCGUCUUCUUCUCUUUCAUUGCCUUGUUCAUCUAGAGGUUUGGUCUUCGAUUUGGGCCCCUCGGGUUCUUGGGACAGCAGGGAUAUUGGGUCUCCUGUGGUGAAAAGGUUCCUGAGCGAUGAUGAAGAGAGAUGGUAUAUGUGGUACCAUGGCAGUUCCGGUCAAAACCCUGGUUCUGAUUCUCUAGGUUUAGCAGUUUCAAGCAAUGGAAUUCACUGGGAGAGAGGGUUUGGGCCGGUUAGAUCAGCUGCGGAUGUGGGUUUGGUAAUGAAUGUUGGCCAAGAUUGGUGGUCGUUUGAUACUCUCAGCAUUAGGCCUGGUGAAGUGGUUGUGAUGUCAAGUUCGAAAGUUAAAGCUUCCAGUGCUGUGUAUUGGCUUUACUACACUGGAGAGGUUUUUAGUAGGUCUUUGCCAGGUUUGGCAAUAAGUCAGGAUGGAAGGUAUUGGGCUAGAAUUGAAGGUGAUCAUCACAGUGGAGCUCUUUUCGAUGUUGGUUCUGACGGGGAAUGGGAUUCUCUGUUCAUUGCUGGGCCGCAAGUUGUCUUCCAUGGGAGUGGAGAUCUUAGAAUGUACUACCACUCAUUUGAUGUGAAGAGCAAGCAAUUCUGUAUUGGGAUGGCAAGAUCAAGGGAUGGGAUCAAAUGGGUGAAGCUGGGGAAGGUACUAGGAGGGGGCAAAGCUGGUGGGUUUGAUGAGCUCGGUGCGGUGAAUGCUAGCGUUAUCAAGAACAAGAAAGAUGGGAACUACGUGAUGGCAUAUGAAGGCGUUGAUGGUGAUGGAAAGAGGAGCAUUGGCAUUGCAGUUUCAAGCGAUGGAUUGAGAGAGUGGAGAAGGGUUGACGAAGGUGAUGCGGUUUUGAGACGUGGGGAGGAAGAAGAUGCCUGGGAUAAUCAGGGAGUUGGGUGUCCUUGUCUGGUGCAGAUGGAAGGUGGGGAUGUUGAUGGUGAAUGGAGGUUGUAUUACAGAGGACUUGGGAAUGGAGGAAGGAGUGGGAUUGGAAUGGGGUUCUCGAGAGGAAGCGAUAUUAGUAAUUUCAGGAAGUGGACAGGAUUCCAAUCAUAA